AUGGACUCUACAGCGGCAUUACCUUCGGAAACGCUCCUCGAAAUCUUCCAUGCCGUGCGCCUCGUGAACGGUAUCCCGCUCUCGAGUUACGUCGACAGCAAUCGCGCGACGCUGAAGCAGGCUCCCAGCUCGUUCAGAACAUAUCUAAUUGGAUGGAUCAAUAUCACAUUCGUGUGCGCUCGUUGGCGAAAGCUAGCACUCAGCGACGCCAGUCUAUGGACCGAGGUGCCAGUCGUACUAGGCAACGAGUGGUUGUCCGAGUUCCUGCAACGCAGUCAGGAUAUGUCCGUCUCUAUCGACUGGCACCGACAACGUCAAACUACGAGGGUCUCCGAGACCUUCUUGCGCGCCAUACUCCCUCAUUUCCAGCGAUUUCGCAAUUUCCACGCACAACUUCAAUCGACUUCACCAUUCUAUGCAAUGCUUUCGUGCCCUUGGCCGGUGUUGGAAGAUCUACAGAUCUGGAUGACAACAUACAUACCCGAGCUCACCCUUCUUGCCAACCAAGCGUCGCCUCUGCGAAAGCUAAGCUAUCGCGUCGGGGGUGGCGGCUUCAGUGGAUGUGAUUCUUUCCCUUGGAAAGCCCCGUUCCUCCGCUCCUUGAACGUCCUCGACCUCAUGUUUAAUGGAGGUAUCGAUGCGGGUUCGAUGGAAAACUUCUUAGAUGCACUCUCCAGUAUGCCGCACCUACAGCAUCUUCAACUUUGGAAUGGAGUGUACCCUCCUUCUUCGACUUCACCGUGUCCACCGUGCUCCGGGUCACAUUCAGGUGGACAGGUUCCUCGAAAGGUGGUCUUACAAUUGAAGACUCUCGGGUUCACGUGUACCUGCCCAAUGAUCGGUCAUAUCAUGGAGCAUAUCACCUUUCCCGCCUCGACCAAAGUUACCCUUAACAUGCGCCGGGAGCCCUUCAAUCCCGAUACCGAAGAGGAUCCCAAUAUCGGCGGUCUUAAACGGACAUGCGCGCAGUUAGCCUCGACCUUCGAGUGCUCGUCUCCACCCCCUCCACCGUUCACUUCUGUUCAUAUCAUGCUCGACUAUCGCGUCGCAAUGUUCAAUCUUGGCGCUUUGCGCACCCCUACCUUCUCAGGUGUUACUACCGCGGAACAAGAGUGGUACGAUGCAGACGAUCUGAGAGUUGGUCGCCCGGAUGUCACCAUCAAGUCAUCUUUCGACUCAGUCUUGCGCAAUCUGUGCACCACAUCGAAAGCCUUUCUGGGUGAUGAAGUCAGGCUGCUUUGGUACUCCUUCGAGUACAGCUUUGACUCGGAUUCCGCCUCGAUCUUCAGUGUCGCCUUUCCGCGCUUGUCUGUCUUGCGCCUGGCAUACCCGCUCCCGAAGCCCGUACUGCAUGACUUGCUGUGCGGCGCAGAUGAAUCAGGGACGAUCUCAUCUUUCCCAGCGCUCAAGGUGCUGGACUUCGAGCAAUGUUGGAUUCAGGACCUAAUCGGACCUCCUGAAGAUGCUACCGCCGAAGCACCUCUUUUCAGUACUCUCGCCGAGCGUCAACAGGCGGGGCUGCCCGUGGCUGCCGUGUACCUCCGCCUGGCCGAAGAGAUCGAUGAUCUGCAGAGUGGAUGCAACCAUAGUUGCUCGGAGUAUCCGGACGCUGCGAGCGUUCAGCGCGCGGUGAAUGCUUUGAUCGCAAGACCCGAGGUGAAGAUCAUAGGGAAGGACCAUGAUAUCCCGUAUAGCAUGUACAUGUGA